AUGGAUCGCAAGCAGCUAUUCUAUCAACAUUUCACACGGGGCGAAGCAGGUAAGAUGUGGUUUGUUCUCAUGAAAGAGAUUAGUGAAAUUGACAGCCUCGCUUCCAUAACCUCUGGCCCUAGUGCACGUCAACAAGUCACGGAUCGCAUCCUCACUGGUAUCGCCAAGCUGCAAAACGAGGUGGCCGAUGCGGCAGAGUACACUCCUGCAUACGACCGCAAGCAGUACUCCGAGUCCCUCAAGGCUUUGCAGGACAGGCUAAACAAGGCUGUGGCCAAGUCCACACCGGCCAACUCGCGUUUUCGCUUCAAGCGUACCGCCAAGACGGCCCAUGCCGACGCGGGUGGUGGUGGUGCCCCGGGGAAUGACCCUCGUCUUCAUCCUGGCAGCUUACCGCAUGAACAACAGUUCAAGACGUCGACGCCGACAUCAAAAGCAGACGCAGAGCCAGAGCGCCCCUCGUCAUCACCUCUGGCUCCGGAAAAAGAUUACAAUGCAGAAAUGUCAUCACGCAGCCAGAAUGGUUCAUCUCUGCGCCGACCCAGCUUCUCCGCCGCUAGCCAGCUCGCCAUCACGGGCCAGACAAGACUGCAUAUUGUCCUGCCCGCAUCGGCAACACACGCCACGGCGGCCGGUAGCGUGAUCAAGGUGCAUAACUGCGUCGUUGACAUGUCCGUACCCACGGGCAGCGAGGGCACACCAUUUCCGGGUCUCGUGCUUCGCGAUAUCAAUCGGAGUGUGAUCGUUGUCGGUCGGGUCGGGGGCGCUAUGCACAUGACGGGUGUAAAGGACAGUAUUGUCGUAGCGGCGUCACGCCAAGUCCGCAUCCACGAGUGUCACAAUGUCGACCUCUACCUGCACUGCGCGAGCCAUCCCAUCAUCGAAGAUUGUUCAGGCUUACGCUUCACGACGCUUCCAAAAAGCUAUAUGACGAGCGCGGAGGAGGCUGUAGAGAACCAGUGGGACCAAGUCGACGACUUCAAGUGGCUCAAGGCAGGCCACAGCCCCAACUGGUCUGUAUUGCCUGAGGCAGAGAGGCUUGAUGACAGUAUUUGGACGGAAGUUGUCACUGGGAAGUCAAACGUGGAUGUGAACGUGGACCAGAUGUUGGCCCAGGUUGGACUCGGGUCGAAAUGA